CGGCUUAUAAAUCAGUGCGCGAGAACUUCUCAGCAUUCUCGUCUUCUGAGCUAAAGCUAGCCACUUCUCUGGAUAUCACGGGAUUACCGAGUUGAGUCCAGUUCGUUGUGUUUGGUGAAUUUUCUCGAGGUAACAUGCGGGUUUCUACCGUUCUACUUCUUUUCGUUGUGACGCUCGCCGUCAGCCAUGCCUAUGUGCUAAGAGACCCUAGAGGAGGGGGCGGCGAAGGUGGCGGUGGCGGAGGAGGACGCGGAAGAGGUGGUGGUGGAGGAGAAGGCGGAUCGCAUGAUGAAAGCCUUUCAAGAGAUCCAAGAGGAGGCCGUGGAGGAGGAGGUGGAGGUGGAGGAGGCGGCGGAGGCCGCGGUGGCGGUAAGUAAUAUACAUUAGAUAAUACUUCUUGACGAAGGAAGGGAGCAUAGUCUAGCUCGUCAUGUUGUUGUGUUUUCUUUUAUCAGCUAAGGCUUCAAGCCUGUGCAGUAUGUGGCUUUUGUC